UCUAUCACUGUCAGUCAGCUUCGCCAGCUGUUACAAGUUACAAAAUUUGUAAUUACAAAUAAUAAAAUGUUUUUAUUAUUGUAAAACCUACGUAAAACUGUUAAUAAUUGCAAAAACAUGUUUGUUUCUAAAUGUAGGCAGGAAAUAAAAUAGGUAUUUUUUACAGUUUUUCAAUUAUCUCGUGUAUGUUACGAUUAUGAUGCUCUGAAACUUACGGAAUCAUGUUCACAUCGUUCGAUGAUUUUCACUGUGAUGUAAAAACAAUUUAAUUUACCAUUUUAUCCAUACCAUGGAAAUGUUAAGCGAAUCUAAAGACUCGGCGGUCAAUGCCUCUACUCCAGUUAUGGCAGAGAGUUCGAGAGAAAACGGCUCGGAGAAUCCCGUCCGCGAUAGCUCUGAAACAUGUAAUCCAUCUAUAGCCCAGAGUGUUCCAACACACGAUCACAAUAUAGCGCCUAAUAAUAAUAAGCAAAGGGAACUUUGUACAUCUGAUCUGGUACAGAGUUCUUCAGAGGUGAAUGUUGUAAGUUCAAAUAAAAAAGUUAUGGAACAUGAAGAACUUAAUUCAGAACAUACUACUAAAGGUCCUGAUGAAAAUGAACUUAACAAUGAAGCAAAAACUACCAAUACUAUUGUUCCACCUGAUACUAAUAAAGUACAAGCUAAUUCCUUAGUUGAUCAAAAUAUAGUUACAACACAAAAUACACAAUUAAAUGAUAAUCAAAAUGAAAUGGAGACAGACCAAAUUGAACCAGCAGAAAGUGCCACAGUGGAAACCAAAUGCCUAAAUAAAAAUAAUGUUGAGAAGGUUCCUUCAAAUAUUGAAACCAGCAUUCCAAAUGAUCAUGAAAAUAGCAACUUGAUGUCUAACAAUGAGCUCUUGAUUGAACAGAAUGGUAAAUCAAUGGAUCCUAUUGACCCUGCAAGAUUGGAAAUUGACACAUUUCACUAUCCAAAAGUUAAUUUGUAUGCUGAAGACACUGGUCCGAAAUUGUAUGAUGUGACGGAUAAUUUCGUCAGUAAGCCAAUUAUACCCAGUAAGCUGCCUGAAGCCUUUAGUUCUCUGCCAGUCUUUGCGAGGCCUAAGAACAACACAGAUUUAUUGGAGUUUCAAAAUGACCAAAUUAAGGGAUUUGUAGGCUCUGGCUGGGAUGAAGCGGAAUUUGAGAGACUUGCUGCUUAUUGUAGUCCUGACAAUCUUAGAACUGGAAGGGAGUUAACCAUGCUGACCAACAGUCCUGGACAAGGGUUCUAUCCCUCGGAGAUGGAGAAGAUCAGCAAGAACACUGAGGAUUUCACUACGAGCCACGAGCGCAGUAUUGUAAGGAAACUCAAGCUGAGAGUGGAGAAGGACACCAAGAAUCUGUACUCAAAGAGGUACAAGUACCGUGGGAUCCGUAUGAUAUCACUUGGGAAUGAUGUAGAAGACAACACCCCAGUAGUAACACUGGGCGAGCCGCUGACCCCCGGCAAAGAGUUGCUGUUCUUCAUCAGGUGGUACCGGCCCUUCUCCUACAAUCCUAAAGAUAAGAGUCAAUACCGCACCCGCCACUCCGUGUUCAGCUGCAACAUAGUGAUGCUGGGGCGACACCGGCUCACGCUGCUGCGCGACCGCGUGGUGUGCCCCAACGACGUGGACAUGAGGCUCGACGUGUCCGCCAGGCCCGAUGAGAUACCGUGCUCGUCUGCUAAGGAGAUGUUCCCAUCUGGCUUUUUGUUCAUUAACAACGUUUUCUACGUGGACUCGCGCGCCGGCUGCCGUGACUACACCGAACCUAUCAGGCGCUGGGCGAAAUCGCGCGGUUUGGGGGACUUCCCCGUGAAGGACGCGAGUCAGGUCAGGCUGGACCAGCUGACGGUCAAGUUGGGACACCCUGAGGUAUACGUCCACCAAGGCAACUGCGAGCACUUGUUCACUAUAUCAGAAAUCCGCCUUCUCAAUACAUCUGAUCCGCUCAAAUUCGGCUCUUAUCCAUGUCAUACAGCUCUUUCACAAAACCAAACAAUUUACUGUACAACGUGCGCAGAAUUCGGGGCCAAAUGGAUCGUCGUCGGGUGCUCCAGAGUACCUUUCGACCCCGCGUUCUUCUGCGAGAAAUGCUUUAAAUUGUAUUUGUAUAAGGACGGUAAAAAAAUUGGCAAUUUCAAAGCUUAUUUGUAUAGAGGGAACGAGAUCAACGUGCUGAAGCCGCAGGGAUGACGGAACUUCAGCAUGUCUUCUCGUAGCUUAAAGUAAUUGCAGCGUACCAACUUAUUUAUUACCCUUCACUUAAUCUUUUAAUUCACAAUGUGAAUUAAAAGAUUAAGUUUAAGUCUUAAACAAUUUAACACCUAAGAUUGUAUUAGGUGACUUAUUUAGCCCAACGAUUAGUCAAAAUAAUCUCAUAUGAUGAUGGACAUUAAACACUUUCAUGCCAAGAGUUAUAACUCAUUAAAAUGCAUAGUUGAGGAAAGGACGCAGCACGUAAAUAAUUGUGAAGAAAUCUGGCUUUAGUAAAAUCUGUGCUUACCAUUACAUAUCACAGAACUAAUCAAUUCCGAUACGUGAUAUAAUUUCAAAUAAAACUGGCCAUAGAGUUCCUUUUGGACCCAUCUUAAAUUCAAAUGGUUUUUAAUAUAUGUCAAGAUGGUUGCCGAAUUUCAUCGUUCAUAUAAUGUCUAUUUACUAUGUGUGUCCUUUAUAAAAUACAUCUUUAUAUAAUAGAGUAUAGAAUGAUAUAUUCUGUGCCAAAACACUGCAUGUUCUAGUAAAAAUGGAUGAAAACGAUAUUUUAAACUGUGAUAUUAUAUGUAGGAUACAGUGUUAUAAGAAUUUUAUCAGCGUUCAAUAAAUAUGUAUCUUUUACUCUCGGCCUCUCGGUAACAGCAGAAUCUAAGAAGUAAUCAAAGGUCUACAGUUAAUUUAAAGUAUUUAUAAGCAAGAAAUAUAUCAUGUGUAUAACAUUGAAAGUCAAACAUUUUAAGUUUCUAGAACAUUGGUGUCUGUAACAAUAAUAAGUAAUCCCUUAG